AUGUCCGAAAGUGAUGAACCCAAUCUAACCUAUGACAUUGAUUGGCCUAUGCUCGAUAAAAGUCGAUUUAUUCCAUUGAAUCUUCUAUCAACGUUUAUUGUUCGUUCAGUUUUAUAUCCAGUUACUCUUGUUCGAACUCGUUUACAAGUUCAAGUAAAAUCAUCUAUUUACCGAGGAACAUGGCACGCACUACGUACCACAAUCCAUUACGAAGGUUAUCGUUCAUUGUAUAAAGGUUUUCUUGUUUAUAAUUGUCAAUUAGUACCAGGUUUAAUCUAUAUAACUACAUUUGAAGCGACACGUGCUCGCGCAAAUAUUUUAACUACAAAUGAAUAUCUACGUGCAGGCAUUGGUGGUAUUGUAGGUUCAAUGUGUUCACAAAUACUUGCGUGUCCUAUUGAUAUUGUAUCUCAACAUAUGCAAUUAGUUGGUUUAUCAUCAUCUGAGAAAAAGAGUCGCUUUAAAGAUGAUGUAUCCUCUAAGUCAUCAUCUGGUUCUCUCAAAAAUCGACAUGUGCGUCGUAUACAUGUGCCUAAAGAAAUUCGUCAUAGUAAUUAUUUAAUAUUCAAACAUAUAUGCUCAACCUUAUAUUACGAAAAAAACGCAGAUAAAAACAGUAAAUCAAAGAUUAGUUUCAAAGGCUUUUAUCGUGGCUAUUUAGUUUCAACGUUCCUGUUUAGUUUAACGAGUGGGGUGUGGUGGCCAUCAUAUUAUUUCUAUCAAAGACAAAUGCUCAAUAUUGAAAGCAUGUUUCCAAUCGAAGUUCCAUUACUGCUUAUUCAAUGUAUAGCUGGUGCUUUAUCAUCGUUUACAUCGACUAUUGCUACAAAUCCGAUCGAUGUAUGUCGCACACGUGUACAGGUGGAGCGAGAACGAAGAAGAGUACCACAAAUUAUGCGUGAAUUAUGGCAAGAAGAACGUUUUCAUAUUUUUACAAAAGGUUUAACAGCUCGUCUAUCGCAUUCCUGUAUUUAUUCAUUACUAAUUAUAUUUGGUUAUGAAACAGUCAAACGAGUCUCAUUAAAAGAAGAAUAUCAAGGACAUGUUAGAUGGUAA